AUGGAAUCUGAAUUGGCAUCAGAAGAUCUAAAGCCAUCAAAAUUCUACGAUAACUCAAUGACUUCCUCCAAAGAUUCAAAAGAGUCAAAUGGGGAUACUAGUGGUAAAGUUAGAAAACCAAGGGGCCUGAGAGCUUGCUUUGUUUGUCGUCUACGGAAAGUAAGAUGCAAUGCCGAGGCCCAAUACCCUUACCCCUGUUCGAAUUGUAUAACAUUUGGUUGUGAUUGUAAAUUCCCUGAAUCCAAAAGAAAAAGGACCAAUAAAACAAAGCCAGCUCAAAGUUUACUAGAUCAGAAUCCAAUGAGUCAGUCCGGGGUGUUUGCUCCUCCUCCUCCUCAUCCUAUGCAGCCUUACGUGAUGCCUCCACAGGUCAAUCAAUAUAACCCUCAACUCCAGUAUCAGUUUCAUCAAUUACAACAAUUACAACUUCAACAGCAGCAGCAACAGCAUAUUGUCCCUGGAAAUCCUUCCUUGCCUUACCAACCUCCAGUGUCGGGUCAAUUGCCCGAACAACAGGUUUACAAUCAGUUCCCACAGCCAAUACAACAUUCCCAGUUCCAAGGUCAAAAAAUACCAAUGAACUUGGAUGGAGUCAAUCUUCAACAAUUUCAACAGCAUCAGCCCCAACAGUUCCAGCAGCAGUAUCCCAUACAGCAGCAACAAUUCCAACAACAGCAACAACAAUUCCAACAACAGCAUCAACAAUUCCAACAACAGCAUCAACAAUUCCAACAACAGCAUCAACCACUCGUCCAGCAACAAUCCCAUCACCAAACGCAUAAGUCACUGUUAGCGCAGGAAAACCCUCAUAUGGGAUAUAAAAAUCAUGAAUCGUAUAAUACAAUUGAACAACCUGAUCAGCAAAAUGCCUCUAGUGAGUACCCUCAACCACUGCCUUUAAAGCAAGCUUCACCUAUAAAUCAAGUUUCACCUAUAAAUCGAGUUUCACCUAUAAAUCGAGUUCCACCUUUAAAUCAGACAAAUUACCCUUCACCAAUACCUAAUGAGUCUAAUAAUGCAUAUCCCCUCCGAAAUAAUCAACCUCUGACUACUCCCAUUACUACAUCAUUUCCUUUGGCACCAAUAAAAAAACCCUCUUUUCCUAUUCGAUCCACCUCUGCUAAAAGUGAAAAGACUCCACCCCCAAUAAAGCAUGAACAUCAACCUCCUCAGUUAAAUCCGACUCUCCCUCAUAUAAAUUUACCAAGUUCAGAUAAAUCUUCCACUUUAAAUGAAAAUGCUUAUACAAUGGGCGAUCCUGAAGAUAUUAAUAAUGUUUUUUAUGUGCCAAAUGAACCAAUUUUAAAUAUUUCAACUCGUAAUCUAGCACCCUCAUAUGAUUCUAAUGAUCCUAAUUUAGAUUUAUCAGUCCCCUCCUCAAAAGGUAUAAAAGUUACCCACACUCGUCAAUUGACGGAAUAUACUUAUUUCGGGCCAACUUCAUGUGCUUCAUAUUUUGGUGCCGAAGAACAAUCACCAACUGAUUUAGGCUCUGUGAAAAGCGAAAGCGUAGAGACGGAAGAUUCAUCGGAAUCGAAAACUGUUGGAGUUUUUCUGAGCCUUGCCAAACCCGGAAAAGGUAAAUUAAAGUAUCAAUCAUAUUCGAAUAUUGAUACCAAUGAAAUCUUAUCUGAAUUAUCAAUAUUGAAUAUCAAACAAUCGUUUUUCUUACCAUCCAAAUAUAUUUGCUCUAUUCUAAUAGACUCCUUUUUUGAAAAUGUUUAUCCUCAAGCACCAAUAAUAAAUAAAGAUGCAUUUUUGAAUCAUUUUAAGGAUCCUAACCCUAGAAAACACCCUCCAUUGAUUUUAACUCAGAUCAUUCUAUUGGCCGGAAGUCGUUGCUGUAAACACCCUGCUAUAUUGGAUGUAAAUGGUUCAGCUAAUGCAACAAGUCAAGUUUUUUAUUAUAGAAUAAAAGCCCUUUAUGAUGCGAGUAUUAGGUUUGAAUACGUUGGUGACCUGGAGAAUGAGGAUGACGGGCAUUUAUUUUUCAACUACCCAACAGUUUUAGUACAGGUCCUUGCAUUGUUAUCAUGGUAUUGGGAAGGUCCAGAAGAUAUAAGCCGUGGUCCAUUUUAUUGGAUUCGUAGUGCUAUUGUUUUAUGUCAUUCCUUUGGAUUUCAUAGAGAUCCAACCAAAUGUCAUUUAGAAUUUUUAUUAAAGAAGAGGUAUAAUUCAAGUAAUACAGUUACGAAUGUUUUUUUAGAAACACAAUAUUUUAUUUGGAAAAAAUUAUGGUGGUGGGUUUUUUAUCGUGACAGGUCAGUUGCAAUUAGUUUUGGUCGACCAUGUAUUAUCAAUCUGUAUGAAACUGAUAUGCCUGUUAUUACAAUAAAUGAUUUUGUGAUGUAUGAAGGGAAAAAUUUCAACAUAAAUAAUACUGAAGAUUGUUUGGUAGCUGAAUAUUUUAUUAAUAUUGCUAAACUUCUGGAGAUAAUUGGAAUUGUAUUGCUGGAACAAUACAGUGUUCAUCCAAAGUAUCAUUCUAACGAUUUUAAAAGAAAUAUGAAAAUUGUUAAGCAAUGUAAUUUAAUUAUGGGAAUAUUUUUCAGUAAUUUACCUGAUAAUUUGAGAUUUUCUUUGGAUAAUCCUAAUUCAGUUAAUCUUUAUCUGAGUUUACUAGGAUCAUUAUAUUACAUAACAUUAUAUCACAUAAAUCGGGUCAAAUUUGCGAGUGUGAAUGGAACUCAUGUUUUAUCAUCAGGUGCUAAUAAAUAUUGGGGGAUUUCAUUCCAAUCAGCUUAUAUAUCAUCAGUUAUUACUCAAUAUUUGAAAGAACAAAUGGAUAAUGACCAUAUUCGUAUUUUACCAAGUCAAGUUAUAUAUACCACAUCACUUACAAUGAUUUUACUAAGCUUCCAUACUGAUUCGAAGAAUAAAGUAGUGGCUAAAACUGCAAAAAGACAAUUAGAAGCAUGCCUUGAAUUUAUACAAAAAUGUCAUGAAACUUGGCCUGGUAUUACUUAUAUGUUAAUUACAUAUUUUACCGAAAGACUUAAUUCAGGACAACAUAGUAAAUCAAGUACUGGUAUGGUUUCAAAAGCUAAAAAAUUACUCUUCCUGAUUUGUUCAGAAUUUCAAGUGAAUGAAGAGCGUUCUUUAAGAACUUCGAACAAACCUUUUAAUAUCAAUUUUUUAUUAAAUGGAUCUGAGGGUAAUUCCAAGUUCAAUGAUAAUAAUGAUAAUAUAACUAAUCAAGAAGAGAGUGAUUUAUGGAAUAAUUACGACAUUGGGAAGGAAGAUGAUUAUACUUUACCAAUCUUCAAUCUCAAAACAAUAAAAAUGCCUCCAAUCGAAUCAAGUUUUUAUAAAGAAUUUGAAUUCACCCAAUUAUUCCCCAAAAGUAAGAAGAAUGCAGCAACACCCAACCCCACAUGCUCAAAAACAUUUGAAGAGGAAGGCCAAAGUUCAAAUGCAAAACAAUUUGCUAACGAAAGGAAUCCCUCAGUUCUUAAUACCCCUGAUUAUAAUCUGUUAAUCAAUAGUGGGACACCAUUACCUGACGAUGCAGGUACCGGAGACUACUCGGUAGGAAAUUAUCCUCCCUCCAACACUAAUGCAUCUGCAGUUGAUGAAAGAAGUGCAGAUGAAUUUGACUUAGAUACUAGCGGAAUGUUAUUGGAUAGUCAGUAUUUUUUGAAUGUGAAUAGUGGUAUUGAUUGGAAUAUCCCCAGUUUUUAA